UUAAAAUUUAAAGCAUGAAUAAAGGGCGAGAUGUAUGCUUGUUUUGACUCUUCUGUUUUAUUCUUUUAGGAUCGAACUGUGUUCGUUCAGUGGGUACAAAAUCUACCCUGGCCAUGGGAAGAAACUGGUCCGAACCGAUGGCAGGGUGUUUCAAUUUAUCAAUCAGAAGUGUCAGAGUUCACAGAUGAUGAAGCGUAACCCACGUAAAAUAAACUGGACUGUGCUGUACAGGAGGAAGCACAAGAAGGGGCAGACUGAGGAGGUUUCUAAGAAAAGGACUCGCCGUACAACCAAGUUCCAGCGAGCUAUUGCAGGCUCUUCACUGCCAGAUAUUCUGGCCAAAAGAAACCAGAAGCCUGAAGUGCGUAAAGCUCAACGAGAGCAGGCCAUUAGAGCUGCUAAGGAGAAGCAGAAGGCUAAAGACGCCACAAAAAAGAAGCCUGCAGGAAAGCCUCAGCAGAAACAGAAAGCCACGAAAAUUGCCCCAGCAAAGCAACCCCGUGUAGGUGGCAAACGCUAAUCUGAUGUCCUAUGUUAUGAUAUUUUGAGUUCGCUCAAAAAUAAAUAAUACCAGAAGAA